AUGAAGGGCGUACGACGUCGCCCAUCAUUUUCUCCGACUCCAAUGAUUAUGGGAAGGAGAGAUGCACUACGAGUCAUCGAUAACAUAAGUCAAAAACGCGGAAAACGCAGAACAAAAGUCGCACAAACUCCAUUUAAAGUUCCUAUUCGUUCAAUCGGUAUUUCAUAUGCUUCUGAGAUAUUAGAUCAUUUGUACACACGACAGAUAUCUCCUGAUGCCCUUUCUGAGAUAUUUCAGUCAGGAGUCACAGCUCAAAUGAGAUCUAAGCUCAUUGAGUGGAUUUUUGCAACAUGCUAUAAAUACUCAGUAUCGAGAAAUGCGAUAUUUGCAGCAGUUAGUAUUCUUGAUCGCUCUUUAUGCACUCUUCGCUCCGAUGAAGAUAAAUUUCAACUAUUGGGUGCAACAGCUCUAUUUAUAAGUGCAAAGAUGUUUAAUUCUACAGCAUUUUCUCUUCAAAGUUUAGUUGAAGAAUGUGCUGGUGCCUAUAGUUCACAAGAUUUUUUAAAGUGUGAAGGGGAGAUGCUUGGGGCAAUUAAUUUUGAUGUAAAUAUACCAAGUGUUGCUGACUUUUUGGAACUCCAUGAAUCAGCAUUUGGAUCCUUUAAAUCACUCCAAAAUUUGAUGUGGUUCCUUGCAGAUAUUCAUCUUCAAUUUAGCUCAUUUUUAAGAUUCAGAGCAUCAACAAUUGCAUGUGCCAUAUUAUUUGUUGCUGUGCACGCACUAGGAGAGCCAAUCUCACAACCAAUUCUAUCCAAGCUUGUUACUAAUGAGGAUUGGAAAGAUUUAUACAACUGCAUAGAAGAGUUAACACGCUUAGUUCUUGCUUUAAUUGGAAAAACCAAGACAAGUGUUAUUGAACGUAUUAAUCCAGAUGAAUAUCGUAAAAUGAAGCAUAUUCUUGAUGUACCUUCACUUCCACCGAUAGAAGAGUAUUUGUUAUUAUUCCCUAAUGUUGAUCUUGAAUGA